GACUUAUAACCUGGAAAAUAGGUUUUAUUAUGAAAAUUAUCCUCGAAUUAACAGAAUAAAUUUCCAUCAUGGGUGGAGAUACGGACACAGAUGAUAAAGAUGAACCUAAGCCAAUUAUAAUUAGAAAUUGUACAGAUUUACAAAGAUUAAAACUUGAAAAAUUGAUGAAAAAUCCUGAUAAACCGGUAAUUAUUCCAGAGAGACCAAAAGAACGAGGUGUUCCAAACGUGCCUGAUUUUGUAAGAAAUGUAAUGGGGUCCAGCGCGGGUGCCGGCUCUGGUGAAUUUCAUGUAUAUAGACACCUCAGAAGAAAAGAGUACGCUAGACAAAAAUAUAUGCAAGAAAAAGCUCAUAUGGAAAAAUUAGAUGAAGAAUAUCACAAAAAAAUCGAAGAAAAUAGGAAACUUGCUGAAGAACGAACUGCAAAAAAACGACUAAAAAGGCUAAAGAAAAAACAAAAGAGAAAGAAAAAACCAAUUAAAUCACAAAAAAAGGAAUCAUCAGCAUCUGAAAGCAGCGAAGAUAAUUCUGAAGAAGAGGAUAAGCCAUCUGAGGCAAUGCAGACUAGUGAAAUUGUUGAACAGGACAGUGUAGUUGAACAGGACAGUGUACAAAAUGAAAGUAUUGAAAAUUGAUUAUGUUAAAAUACAUUUAAUAAGUUUGAUAUCAAAA